AUGAAGUUAACAAUUGAUGCAAGUUUAGAAGAACAAAUUAAUCAAGAGAAAAAACAUUGGAAACAAGUGUUAGAGAGAAUUCCUGCUAUUGUAAAAAGAUUUGGGCAAAAUAAUUUGGCAUUUCGAGGAGAUCGUGAAAAACUAUAUGAGAAAAACAAUGUGAAUUUCUUACAAAUUAUAGAAUUACUUGCUGAAUUUGAUUCAACUAUGCAAGAACAUGUUUGUCUUAUUUUAAGAGCUGAGACUCAUUAUCAUUAUUUGAGUCACAAGAUUCAAAAUGAAAUGAUACAACUAUUGGCAACUGAGGUGAAAAGCUCGAUAAUUAGUAGAAUUAAAGAAGCAAAAUAUGUUUCAGUCAUACUAGAUUGUACUCCAGAUGCAAGGCUUGGUUUGCUUAAUGAACUUUUAGAUGCGUUGAAUAUUCUUGGACUUGAUGUUGAUAAUAUAAGAGGACAAGGAUAUGGCAAUGGAUCUAAUAUGAGAGGAAAGAAUAAAGGUGUACAAACUAGGCUACUUGAAAUGAAUCCUAGAGCAUUUUACACUUCUUGUGCAUGUCAUUCUCUAAAUCUUUUACUUUCUGAUAUGGCUCAUUGUUGUCCCAAGGCUGUAUCUUUUUUUGGUGUGGUACAACGAAUAUCCUCAUUAUUUUCAGCUUCUACAAAAAGAUGGAAAGUAUUUAGAGAUCAUGUACCUGGUCUCACUGUUAAGCCAUUAUCAGAAACGUGUUGGGAAAGUCAUGUUGACAGUGUUAAAGCAAUAAGAUUCCAAGCUCCACAAAUAAAAGAAGCUUUAAAUUACUUGGCAGAAAGUAAUGAAGAUGCCAAAACAAGAAGUGAUGCUGAGACUUUAGCAACAUAUAAUAUUCAUAAUUUUGAGUUCUUGUAUAGAGAAACUAUUUUUGAGAAUGCUUUGACUAAAGCUACUGAGAUUGCAAGUAUGAUGGAAGUUGAACCUGUGUUUAUUGAAAAACGAAAAGUUUACAAGAAAAAGCAAUUUGAUGAAAGUGUCAAUGAGGGGGUGACACAAUCAGCAGCAGAGUCAUUUAAAAUUGACUAUUUUCUUUGCAUAAUCGAUCAAGCUAUUUCAUCAUUUAAAACCAUGGUCGGCCCUGGUUGUGGCGUCUACAAGCUUAUCAAUUAUGGGAAGUUUGAAGCAGUCCUUUGGACAUGCUUUGUUCAAGUUGGUGAAGUUGAUGCACACUCUCCACUUCUUGUUGGGGUUGGGCACCAGUACCGGAUUGGACACCCAUAG